AUGGGCUUCUGGAUGGCGGACACACUCAAAACGCCUCUGUCCACGGCAAAGUGGCACGGCGCUUCCUCCUUCAUCAUCAUGGCUCAAAUCGAGAAGUACGACGUGAUUGUCAUUGGUGCUGGUCCAGUUGGUCUGCUAACCUCGGUCUGUCUGUCGAGAUGGGGUUACAAAGUCAAGAACAUCGACAACAGGCCCGUACCAACAGCCACAGGUAGAGCUGAUGGUAUCCAGCCUCGUACAUUGGAAAUGCUGCGCAACAUGGGACUGAAACGCAAGAUUAUGGCAGCUGACCCGGCUCGAGUUUACGAAGUCGCAUUUUGGGAUCCAGCUCCAGGUGGAAAGAUCAUCCGCACAGGCACAUAUCCAUCAUGUCCAUCCUUCAUAGACGCACGUUACCCAUUCACUGCCCUUCUUCACCAGGGUCUGAUAGAACGUGUCAUGAUUGAGGACCUCGAAAAGACAGGCACAACGCUCGAGAGACCUGCAACAAUUACACGUUUCGAAACCAACAAUGCAGAUCCUGCCUACCCUGUUGAGGUCGAUCUCAAAAACCUGGACAGUAAUGUCAUAACCACAUACAGAACGAAAUAUCUCUUUUCCGGAGAAGGCGCACGAUCAUUCGUCCGGGAGCAGCUGCAAGUUCAAAUACGACAUAAAGAUCCCAUUUCUUACGUCUGGGGUGUGAUGGACGGUGUUCUAAGGACCAAUUUUCCUGACAUCAAGAUGAAAUGCACGAUACAUUCAGACCACGGAAGCAUCAUGGUCAUCCCAAGAGAAAACAACAUGGUCAGGUUAUACAUUCAAAUCGCAUCAAGCACAGACAAAGACUUCAAUCCUCGUAAGACUGCCACUGUCCAAGAAGUCCAAGCAGCAGCUCAACGCAUCCUUCAACCAUACACCUGCGAGUGGGAUCGUGUAGCAUGGUACUCAGUCUACCCCAUCGGUCAAGGCCUUGCAGACCGCUAUACUCUCGACAAUCGCGUCUUCAUGGGCGGCGAUGUUUGCCACACUCAUAGCCCCAAAGCCGGUCAAGGUAUGAAUACUGCCUUCCACGAUGCCGUCAACUUUGCGUGGAAAAUCCACCACGUCGAAUCGGGCUUUGCCGACCGAUCGAUCCUCGAGACUUACGAAACAGAACGUCGCGCAGUAGCCGAAACCCUCCUCAACUUCGACAACAAAUACGCCGCCCUCUUCAGCAAGACCCAACAAGCCCAACACGGCGACUCAACCGCCGAACAACAAGCCCAAGCCAACCAAGACUUCAUCAACCUCUUCAAAGAAAACUGCGAAUUCACAUCCGGCUUCGGCGUCGCCUACGCCCCCAACAUUCUCAACUACUCACCCUCCCAAUCGCUCCCCAACCUGCCCUCCGAACUUCACUCUCUCAUCAUCUCCGACGACAACGCUCGCCUCCGUCCGGGCCGCGUCAUGCCUAAUAGCAACGUCACCCGUGUCGUCGACGCCAACAAAGUCCACCUGGAGAACGAAAUCCCCUUCAACGGCUCCUUCCGCCUCUUCGUCUACGCCGGCUCCAACACCUCCCCUAAACCUAACCAGCACCCUCUCCUCACAACUCUCAGCAACAACCUCCUCAAACCAGGCAGCUUCUACAGCCACUUCAUGCACCACAACCACCGCCAACUCGACACCCACCACGACAGCAAUAACCCGCACAGUCCCUUCUUCAGCGUGGCACUCACCCUCUGCGCCAAGCGACCAGAAAUCAAGAUCGAAGAACUCCCCGAAUUAUUCCAGGCAUAUCGCGACCGCGUCUACGCCGACGACGCAUUCAACGAACCAGUCCUCAACGCCACGUUCGGCUCACACGCCAAAGUCGGCCUGGUGCAGAAUGAUAGCGGUGAGCAGGCUGAUGCAGCCGUGGUUGUGGUUAGACCUGAUGGACAUUUGGCGAUCGCGGUGCGGUUGAUGGAGGAUGAGGGGACGACUAAAGUACUGCAGGCGUACUUUGAUCAGUUUACUAAGCCAGGGGAAUGGGAUGGGAAGAGCGGGAGUAGUAGGACGAGUACGUAUUAUAAUGAGAGGGGCCAGAAUAGGGGGUUGCAUGGAGGGACGGUGUUUGCUAAGGCUUCGCUUUGA